UGUUUACAUUUCUGACAAAUUUCCAUGACUACAACUCAUCGAUUAAACUUCACUCAUAUCCUUUUUCAACUAAUUUGAUGUUACCCCAUUUUCGAGAUGGCGAACCGCGUUUACGGGGGGAAAAAAACCACCAGAAAGAAAAGCCAAACUCUCAUAGGAGUUCCGGAACCUCAGAGAGAAUCUCUGCUCGAUAUUCUCUGCGAGAACUUGGAGCAAGCGAAAAAAAAUAUCUACGUCAAUAGGAUAAUUUACCUUGGGGAGCACUCCUUCGAAAGUGACGGUCCAGAUGGAAUUUCUGAUGUUUUCAGGGAAGUCAUCAAUGAGAUCAACAGUGGUUAUAACGAUGAACCGUUAACUGGUAUAUUCCUGCACUACAAGAAAUAUUUCGUCCACAUGCUGGAAGGAUCCGAGGAUAGCAUAAUGAAACACUUCCACCUACUGAUGGAUGACGACGUGCACAACAAGUUAUCCAAGACGAAGCUAGUUCUCGUGGUCAACCACAUCAACCAGCGUUUCGUCAGGGAAUGGAUGGAUAUACCAGGUAAACCAGCCACACUACUCGAGAAGAUCGAUCCGGACUGCGACAUGGAAAAAUCAGGAAGGUACAUAUUCAAUUGCGUCCAGAAGGUUUAUCAGUUAUGCAGGGAAAUAAGGGAGAUGAAGACGAAGAACGAGGACGACGAAGAUUCAUUGGACCUGAGAAAACCGACGGAACCUUCCAGCGUUAGUUUCGACAGCAGUUUCUACGAGGAGGUGCUGAAAGCGUACUAUCCAGAGAUCAAUCUACUGCAGUUUUUGGUGCAGACCAGGUUCCUGAAGGACCUGGAGGAUUAUAUCAAUAUUGAUGGAUGUCCUGUGGUGGCCGAUUCCUAUCAGGAUGAAGUCUGGCCUAUUCCUAGUACGAUGGUUCCCUAUACAGUCUUCGAGAAGCCUAGGGAUCCUUGUGUCGAUCUGCCAACUCACAAGGUUGAGCAGGUAGAAGAGAUAGUGUUAGAUGAUGAAACCCAAAUAGAAAUGACUGAGCAACAAUGAUUAUAAUAUAAUACUUUUUAUUUAUUGUGAAAGCAAUUUGCCACUUUUAUAUUAAUGAGAUCUAUUAACUCCUU